AUGGCUUCCACAGGCCUGGAGCUCCUGGGCAUGAGCCUGGCCGUGCUGGGCUGGCUGGGGACCCUGGUGUCUUGUGCCCUGCCCCUGUGGAAGGUGACGGCCUUCAUCGGCAGCAGCAUCGUGGUGGCACAGGUGGUGUGGGAGGGCCUGUGGAUGUCGUGCGUGGUGCAGAGCACGGGCCAGAUGCAGUGCAAGGUCUAUGACUCGCUGCUGGCACUGCCCCAGGACCUGCAGGCUGCUCGGGCGCUCUGUGUGGUGGCCCUGCUGCUCGCCCUGCUGGGUCUGCUGGUGGCCAUCACGGGCGCGCAGUGCACCACAUGCGUGGAGGACGAGGGGGCCAAGGCCCGCAUAGUGCUGACGGCAGGCGCGGUGCUGCUGAUCGCCGGCGUGCUGGUGCUCAUCCCGGUGUGCUGGACGGCGCACGCCAUCAUCCAGGACUUCUACAACCCGCUGGUGGCCGAGGCUCUCAAGCGCGAACUGGGGGCCUCCCUCUACCUGGGCUGGGCAGCCGCUGCACUGCUCAUGCUAGGUGGGGGGCUCCUCUGCUGCUCCUGCCCCCCACCCCAGAUCCACCAGCCACGGGGCCCAAGGCUGGGCUACUCCAUUCCCUCCCGCUCUGGCGCCUCGGGCCUGGACAAGAGGGACUAUGUGUGA